AUGUUAUUUUUUGAAUUAUAUAAUGAAAAUAUUCUUGAUUUACUUGUUCAAUCAAAAGAUAUGAAAAUUCGUAAAUAUCUUAGUCUUAUGCAAAAUGAUCAUCCAACAAUUAUUAAAAAUCUUAUAAAAAUACCUGUAUUUGCACUAAAAGAAGCUGAAGAUAUUAUUAAAUUUGGUUUUGCUGAUCGUUUAACAUCAAAAACAAAUCUUAAUGAAGCACCAUCAAGAGCACAUGCGGUAGUUUGUAUAGUGCUUAUUACAGCUAAUAAAUUUGAUGAAGAACCAAUUAUAAGAAUUUGUGAUUUGAUUGAUAAUCAACCAAUAAUUAUUAGUGGAAAACAGCUGACAGAAACUUAUAAUAUAAAUAAAUCAAUAAUAACAUUUAAAGAUUGUAUUCGAGUAUUAAAUGAAAAUCAAAUAGCGAACUAUGAAAAAAUAUACAAAAAAAAACAAAAAAAAACACAACGUGAUGUCAUUGCUGAUGAACAACGAUCUUUACAAGGUAAUCAACAAUAUCCACCUGGUGCAAGUUUAGCAACAGCUCACUAUCCAUCUGGUUCAAAUUUAGCAACAGCUCCUUAUCCACCUGAUUUUCGUUUAGCAACAACUCAUUAUCCACGUAAUCCAUUAGUAGCAGGAGCUCAAUAUCCACCUGGUUUUCGUUUAACAACAGCUUCGUAUCCAUUUAAUCAAAAUUUAAGAACAGCUCAUUAUCCACCUGAUCGAAAUUUAGCAACAGUUCAUUAUCCAAGUGGUCCAUUGUUAGCAACAACUCCGUAUCCACCUGGUUCAAAUUUAAUAACAGCUUCUUAUCCAUCUAAUCAAAGUUUAGCAACAGUUCAUUAUCCAUACGGUCCAUUGUUAGCAACAGCUCCGUAUCCACCUGGUUCAAAUUUAAUAACAACUUCUUAUCCAUCUAAUCAAAGUUUAGCAACAGUUCAUUAUCCACACGAUCCAUUGUUAGCAACAGCUCCGUAUCCACCUGGUUCAAAUUUAAAUGCAGCUUCUUAUCCAUCUAAUCAAAGUUUAACAACAGUUCAGUAUCCACUUGAUCCAAGUUCAGAAACAGUUCAGCAUCCAUCUGGUCAACAUUUAUCUCCAACAAAUCAUUCACCAGAUCAACAUCUCAAUGCACAAGUUUUAUUACAUCCUGCUGGUAAUGUUGGUUCAUCGCAAGAAAUCGUAAAUAUGGAAGCAUGGUUACUAGAAGAACAGUAG